GGUCUCCAUCUCCGUCGAGGUGGAUUUCCCAUAUGUCGACACGUCCCCAUCUCGCUCCUCUCCAAUCAUCUCUCCUUUCAAAUGGUGGCAGAUCUGUUGGACCUCCGCCGUCUCCUGAUGUCUCCCGUCUCUGCCUUCCAGCACCUGGAUCCAGGUCCGCAUCGCCUAUUCCUCGGCGCCAGUUCUGGCUCAACCUCGCCGGCUUCCUUGGAGGCGACUGGGAAUUCCAUGCGUCAUCGUCCUUGGACCUUUUUGGAAUGGUCCCUGUGUUCGGCUUCUGCCUGAGGUCUUGGAUCAAUUCCACGUUCUGGCGCAGAGGCGCCAUCACCUCUGUUAUGGCCCCCAUCAGCUCCAUAAAGCCGCGACGGAUCUCCUCCUGCAGCGUCUUACUCAGGGUAUCUGCCAUGCUGCCUCUCCACGUCUCUUGUGCUUGCGCUAUGGCGACAUUUACUCCUGAGAGAAUCUCGGAGGGCAGUGCGUUGGAUUGGCCUGGCAAAUUCCAGCUGUCGUCUCCACGCCCCUCAGCGCCCUGUGUGUCACCGCCUUGCAUCUGUCCUUGGAGGUUACCUGGUGGAGGAGUCCUGCGGGUCAUUUUCUGUUUAGACCGCAAGUUAACAAUCGCCUAAACACUACCUAUAACGCUAACUCACUGAUCUUCAGCACAAAAACACUUAAUACGGCAAAACAAUAAUAAGGGGGAAAGGAACCACAACUACUACUAGGGCCAACUCCGCACAUUCCUGUCCAACGUCUAGAACUUUGCGAGCGCUGUUGACUAAUCUUAUAUUCCUUGGAAGAUUAAGAGUCAAGGGCGCUCACUUCCCUACAGUCGCUGUUUCCGCCUACUUCCCUACUGAAUGCCACUCAGAA